AUGACGCGAGACCACGAAACGGGAUUCAUCCUUCCUCAGUACAGCAGACAUUUACCGGCGCAUUUGGAUCAAGAAAGUAUCAACUUUUUGACCGAGAAGGGGGCCCUCUGCGUUCCUGCUACCUGCUUUCGAAACAAUCUAUUUACCAGCUAUGCCCAUCACGUCCACUCGGAUUUGCCAUUGCUAGACUUGAACGGGCUAAUACGACCCAUCAUACAAAAUGAUAAAGACCAUUCUAUCAGUCUACUUCUGUUACAAGCAGUGUUGUUCGCUGCGUCCGCAUUUGUCAACAUAGAGGACAUUCAAGCGGCCGGAUUCGAGUCAAGAAUCCAAGCUCGAACAACAUUCUUUCAGCGAGCUAGACUGCUCUAUGAUUUUGACUAUGAAGAAGAUCGAUUGACCCUGACUCAAUCAUUACUGCUUAUGAGCUACUGGGAGGAAAGUCCAAGAGGGCCGAAAGAUGGCUGUCAUUGGCUAGGCCUCUCGCUGGGUGUAGCCCAAACAAUCGGAUUACAUCGCAAGCCUCACUUCGCGGACGAAGAUACUGCGCGGAUACGAACUCGUCUUUGGUGGUGUAUCUAUGCACGCGAUUGCCUGAUGGCGUUGGAUAUGAGACCUUCAAUGCAUAUCAGCAGUGUCGAAUUUGAUACUCGGCCGUUAACGAUCGAUCACUUCGAACUCGAGUUGUCGGCGGCGACGGUCAACUCGACUGGGUAUUCGGGUCUUCUUGGCAACGCUGAGCAUCAAAGGUCGCUUGCAGUGAUAUUUCUGAGGAAGUGA